AUGCUCAAUUACAUUGCCCACAGCGAAUGGAGUGGCCAAGCUAUGGUUAAUACAAACGGCAUUCACCGCAAACGGACUGUAGUUAACGAUACCGACGAUGAGUUUGUGUCCAAUUAUUGCCAAGUGAUGAAGUUUACGGGCAACACAAAAGAGAUGUAUUUCCCGAAGAGUCUGGACCUGGAGAGGCCUAAGAGGUCGCGAACCAACUUUACGUUAAGACAAUUGCGAGAAUUGGAGAAAUGUUUUGCCAAAAAUCAAUAUUUGGUGGGAAAAGAGCGCAAAUCUCUAUCUAAACAACUGGAUCUCUCAGAAGCACAGAUUAAGAUUUGGUACCAAAACAGGCGAACAAAGCACAAGAAGGAACAGUUCAGACAGCGGGAGAGACAGGCGGCCAACGCCGAGGCCAUCGCCACCACUAAUAUCAUGAACUUAUUGCAGAGACGGACACCACCGGUGCCGCCACCGCCUCCGCCCCCACCGCCGAUGGUGUCACCAGCGCUUGAUUCCCAACACAACCAUAUCUAUCAUCACCAGACCAGUAGAUCAGUUGAUAAGCAAAGACUAUUGGCCACCAAUGAUGAUGUGCUAAACGCUCGCACAAUAGCCAACACCAGCGCUAAUGCCGUGUCGUUUAAUCCCUGUCUUAAUGGCACCGCCAGUAAUCAUAUCAUCAAAUCGAUGGCUAAUAAUAAUCCAUUUCUCUAUAAUAAUAGCCAUUGGAAUGACACUAAUUAUUUAAGUCCAUUAUAUUUCACAUCUGCCUCCUCUUCAGCGGAUCACUUAUAA